UUAGAGAAUCUCAGCAGCCACACUAUAAAUUCAGCCACCGGAGUAAGGAUUUUCGAAAUGGCGAGAACCGGAGAAGACGACGGAGCAAGAGCCGGCAACAAUCUUUCCCCGAAGAGACAACGACUUCCUUGUCCCGAUGAAGACGAAGAUGAAGAAGACGACGCCGAUUUCGAACCCGCAUGUAUCACAGAAGACGAAGACGAUGAUGAUGAUGAUGAAGAACUAGAAGAUAUCGAAGAAGAAGAAGUAGAAGAAGUAGUGAAGGAUGCACAAUCUGGGAGCCAGAGUUCUUCUUCAUCGUCUCAAUCCGUAAAGCUUCAGUCUUCAGAUGUUCUCGAUUGUCCUACUUGUUUUGAGCCACUCAAUAAACCAAUUUAUCAGUGUACUAAUGGACAUCUAGCUUGUUCGUCGUGCUGCAAAAGAUUAAACAAGAGAUGCUCGUUCUGUAGAUCUCACAUUGGGGAUAUACGAUGCAGAGCCAUGGAAAAGGUUAUUGAAGCAUCAAUAGUCCCAUGUCGGAAUGCAAAAUACGGGUGUAAAGAAACCACCACGUAUUGUAAGCAAUCUAGCCAUGAGAAGGUUUGUUUUUUCGCCGAAUGUUCUUGCCCUGUACCAAACUGCAACUACAUUGGCUCAUACAUGAAUCUCAAAGCCCAUGCUUGUGCUGUACACUCUUGGGGGGACGAGGGUGGCCUCCACCCGGUGAAGCUUGACUGUCCAAUACUCUUUUGCAUGAACCUUCGUAAGCUGAAGACGGUCGUAUUAAAGGAGGAGAAAGAAGGUGAUUUGAUUGUACUUCAGGCUUUUGAAGGAUCGAAGGGCGUGAAUGUGACUGUAAACCGAAUCGCGCCUUUGGCUCCGGCAAUACCCAACCUCUCAUGUAGUCUGGCUAGGCUUGACCAGUUUAGGACAGUAAGAAUUGGAACGAUAAUGCAGAAAAUUCAGAAAGUGAGAGAGCAAAUUCAUCCUGAAGACGAUGUAUUGUCGAUUCCGCUUAAAAUGAUGGCUGGCUUGGAGCAUUGUUGGAAGAUUCAGAUUUGCAUCGGCAAUGGAUAUAAAUAUACUCACAUCUGAAGAAUCCUCUCAAAGUCUCAUCUUCUUUUAGCUCUGUUCUUAGAAGUAGAAAGGUUGUUGGAUUAUAAACCUUCUUUUAAAAGUGAGCUCUGAAGUUUGAACAUUCUCUUCUGUGGUGAUGUUUUUUAAUUUAGAGUUUAAUUGUAUUGGAUCGGGUUUAACUGGUUUAGUUGGUCGUUAAUUAUUUUGAUUUGGUACA